CCAAAAAACAGCAAAGAGACCGCAUGUCAUGUUUAAGGAAAAGGCAGUGAUUAACCACGAGGUCAGUUUACAUACCUUCCUGUCAAGUCAAGUUUGUCAAAAUCAUUUUUAUGGUCGUAUUUUUGUAAGAGUGGGUGAUUUUAGUUUUAGAAUUGUAUACAUAACUUUGGUGAAUGGGAAAUGGUGAAAUCUUCAGUUGCAUGUAACCACGAAUGGACGAUCAGGGAAUCUCGAUGGCCGUACGAUGAAUAUUACAUUGGUAACAGAGAUGAGGAUGACCGGAGAAAUGGUCAAGGGGAAAACCACUGGACGGGGGCUGAGUCAAUAGAAUGGUACACGGGUCAAUUUCUCCGAGACACGAUGCACGGCGAUGGUGACUAUCGGUGGCGCUACCAACACCCCGACGGAGCCUUCACCACCUACGAGGGAAAGUUCUUCGCCAACCAGAUGCAUGGAUACGGAGUCAUGUCGUAUGCUGAUGGCCGGGUCUUCACAGGUUUGUUCUACAAAGAUGUUCGAUGGGGCCCAGGAGUAUGUCGGUUGUUAGGUCUUCGCUGCAACGUGGGUCUAUGGAGGGGUACGCAACUAGCUCGCAUGACCUGGUGUCCGCAUGGACCCAGCAUCACACCAGACUUCAACGCCGGGCCCAAAGGACCUGCCUUCUUGGACGACUUCCGGGUUAUAUUGGCUAGAAAAACCAGAAUCAUUGGUCAAACAAAUAGCGCAUUAGAGUUGCUCAAGCAAUCAGGGUGUGAUCCACAAAUAGCCACUAAACUCUGGCCCAAACUGUACCCGAAGACUUGCAAUGACCUGGACAGUGUGCUGUGUUAUAAAGACGCAUUUGAACGAGAGUACUACAAGGGAAAAGUAAGGUCACUUGAGGAAGUUAGUGAUGGACCAAAAUCGGAUGACAGCGGUGAGCUAAUCGGCGAAGAUACUGACGAAAACAACGAACCUAUACCAAAGGCAUACUUUGCGUGGAACAACAACGCGAUGAUACGGCAUAUGAUGAAACAUACCUACCAGCACGAGGCGCAGAGAGCUAGGUUCAAGGUAGAUCUGGAGAGAAUCCUCAAUGGUUCCAGAAAGCUGUACAGGCUGGCGGGAAAACAUGAGUACGAUUGCAGAACAUUACUCAUGGCAAGUUACUUGGGCCACAUUUUGAAUGUUGCUCAGCUCAUCAACGAGGAAUACGUUUACCCUGAUGUAUGUGAUAUGCAAGGAAAUACUGCUAUGAUGUAUGCCACUUGUGGAGACCAAACUGAUAUAAUACGCUUCCUGGUUGAAGCUGGAGCCAAUGUUGACAGCUUUAACGAUUCGUGCUGCACUCCCCUGGCCAUGGCUCUUAUCAGAUACCUGUGUCUCUGCCUUGACAUCGGCCCUAUGGCUAUAGUUCAAACUUUACUUCCACCAGCGCCACCAAAAGCGGAGAAAGGUACUGUACCAGAAGAACGCAAAGCUACCGAAUGGCUUAUAAAACGUGAACAGGUUUGUCAGAACGUAAUAGAGCCUACGAAAGUUACUAAAUCCGCAAGCGUUAAGAAAUUAAAAUCGACAGGAUCCUUAGCAAAGACCAGUACUACAGCAAUUAAAAAGAAAUCUGUUUUUCCGAAGCCACGUACCUCUCUUCUUGCACCAGAAUAUAACUCAGAUGAUGAAGUGUUCACCGAAGAUAAAAGGAUGUUUGUGAAUAUUGCACACGAAUAUGAGAUCAGAGUCAAUAAUGUUUUUAUGAAUGCGCCGACCGCGAAGGGUAAUAUAGCCAGUAUUUUUCAAGUAAAUGAUAUGAUGAGAGAAAUAUCAGAGGCAGAAGGCGAAUUCCAAAAAGCGAUGGCAACGACCACCGACAAACAUCCAAAGAAGUCUGUGUCAAAAACUGCGAAGGACACAGUGAAGGGCAAAGAAAUCUGGGAGGAUAUUGAGAAAGACCAAAUUUCUUUAACAAGUGGAGAGAAACUUAAAUUGGAAAUGCAAACAAGAAUCCAGUUCACAGUUUUGCAGCUGCUCGCUGACGGAGCAGAUCCGAAGAUGGUGCGGUGUCCCCAACCAGCGAUAUUGCUGGCUAUGAAGUCUGGAUCAACAGAGCUUGUGCAACAUAUCGUGGCACAUGGCGCUGAUAUUAAUGAAAAAUUUCCUGAAUUUCUAGACUACACAGCAUUGGACAUAGUUAUAUCAGAACCGUUGUCGCCUGGUAAUGUAGAUAUGAUCAAAACCAUGCUGGAACUUGGGGCUGACGUCCAUCACCGACUGCACUCAGCUGAACUCCUGCAAUCCGCCUCGAUGCUCGUGAAUGUUACUGGGCCUACACUAAUGCAUGCAGUCCUGGCUAAGAAGACGGAAUUCGAUUUUGAGGAAGAUAUACGCAGUAUAAUCCUGGAGCUACUUUUACGAUAUAAUGCGGAUCCCAGCGCCCAGUACAACGGGAGAUCUCCCAUAGACUUCGCAAUGCUUAAGAGGGUAGACCUUCUAGAGGUCUUUAUUAAGAGCGGCUCUAACCUCAACACAAUUAUCAAUGACAAAAACCAGACAAUCCUGGUCAAGAUGUUCUCUGAAGAAUAUUUCAGGAAUCCCAAUUUUAGUCAUAGUCCCGAGAGAGUACCUGUUCUAACGGACUUGCUUCUCUAUGGCGCCGAUCCAUUGAUUGAAUGCUACGACGGAGAAGAUAAAUUUGGCAACAUAUUUGAGUUCGCUAAAAAAACUCUCAACAUCAUAGCGCCAGCGCCAGCACCAGCAAAACAAUCCGCGGUUGAAGUUGUUGAAAAACCCAAAGGAAAAGGAAAAGAUGCUAAAGAUGCAAAAAAACCUACUAAAGAAAAGAGCAGAUCGGCAACAGAAGUGGGAAAGAAGAAGUCGAUAAAGGACAAUCAGGAGUCGCUGGACUACUUAGAGGCUCUGGAUCUGAUGAGGGAGUGUGCCCGGUUGCUGCACACCAGGUGGCUUCAGGCCAAACUGAUGAAGGAACUCAUUAAUGUCAUUUAUAAAUUUAAACACAGACCUUGGAACAUGAUAAUAAAGGAACACAAGAACGGAUCUAACGUGGGUCUUUGGUUAACGACACUCCGGUGCCUAGAAAUAUGGGAAGUCCUCAAAACUACUAAGAGGAAACAAUAUAACAACGAGAGGAUUCUGAAACAUUUGCUAUGCAUCGUGCAGUUUUACCAAAAAAGGUUGAAGGCCAGGUUGAGUAUAUUACCACCGAUGACUGCGAUGGAGAAGAACACGAUAGAAUCAGAUGUAGGGUAUUUGAUAAAGGAACAUAAAAAUGCAGCUGCGUUGGCGAAAGAAGCCGAAGCUUGGAAGAAACUUUACGUGAAACCUGAAUUAGACUACAAGGCCGACAAUAAAUUCCAAGUGUGCUUCGAAUGUUCACUGCGUCUCACAGAAGAGAGUAUUAUUUGUGACAGUUGUGAUCUCGUUUCAUUUUGCAACUUGGAAUGCAUGCACCAGAACGUCGAGAGAGCCAAUUGUCACCCGUGCAGCGAAUACCUUGCCGAAAAGUAUUUCCCGCCCGUUGAAUAACUAAAAUUUUUUUCUAUUAAUUAUACAUAAAUACAUUAAUAUUAUGAAUGUUUUUUUCCUAUUGUAAGAACCGAAUACUUACCUGUACAUUUAA